AAUAUUAAGUUCAAUGUUCUUCCGUUCAUUGUGAGCACAGCUGCAGGUGAUGGAAAAAUCUAUAAUUACGCUAGAAGUUUUCAAAGCAAACUAUUAUUCAAGUUGUUCAUUUGUAAUUUGCCUUCUUCAAGUACGACCUGGUGUGUGAGCGACACUGGUUAAAGGAACUUGGACAGUCCAUCUUCAUGGUGGGGGUGAGCGCUGGGGGACUCAUCUCAGGAACGACAUCAGAUAGGUUUGGGCGCCGUCCCACAGUUGUAGCCUGUAUCGUGCUGCAGAUGGGUUCAGGACUGGCUGCUGCCUUCACCACAGAUUACGUCGCCUUACUGGUUCUCCGCCUGCUUGCCGGCGGGGCUGCCAACGGUCUCUUCUACGUCGGCUUAACCCUAGCCAUAGAAGUCAUCGGCUCCUCCAAGCGGAAUGUGGUGGGAAUGACAAUUUCGCUAAGCUGGGCCGUUGGAACUGUGUUUCUCGGAGGUCUUGCGUACUUCUUGCGUGAUUGGUGGAGUCUCCAGCUGGCCUUGGCAGUUAUGUCAGCGCCGCUCCUCUCGUACUGGUGGCUUCUCCCAGAAUCGCCAAGAUGGCUUCUGAGCAACAACCGGACCAAGCAAGCCAAAAUCAGCCUCCAGAAAGCAGCUAAGUUCAACAGGGUUACCAUACCAGAUGAGGUUUACGAAAAAGUCACUAAACUGAAGGACAAAGAACCUGGGGAAAAGUCAAAGUACAACCUGGUGGACCUGUUCCGGGGUCCUGGUCUGAGGAUGAUCACAGUAACGAUGUCUUUAGUCUGGUUUGCCACUGUUGCUGUGUACUACGCCUUGAUCAUUGGUUCUGCUGACCUUGCCGGUGACCCCUACUUGAACUUCGUCCUGGGCGCCCUGCUAGAAAUCGGGCUGUCCCUUGUGGGCUUGGUUGCCAUGGAGAGGUGGAGGAGGAGGCCUGUGGUUGGUGGAUUUCUGUUCCUGUCAGGAGCCGCCUGUUUGGCAGUAGCAGCAACACCAACAGAACGACAGGAUGUUAUCCGGUACAUCUCCCUGCUCGGUCGGUGUGCCAUCGGCGUCGCCUUCACAACCCUGACCGUGUACUCCCCGGAGGUCUUCCCCACCGUAGUCAGGACGAUGGGUGUUGGCGUGGCUAACAUGUCGUCCCGUGCAGGCGGCAUCCUGUCCCCGUUCGUGUCCCUGCUGGCGGACGUGUAGCCGCCCCUCCCCAUGCUCACGUUCGGGAUACUCUGCACUCUCGGCGGGGCCGGAGUCUUCAGUCUUCCCGAGACGUUCGGAAUCCCCUUGCCGGAUACACUUGAAGACGGCGAGAAGUUGGGAAGAAAGCAGCAAAGAAAGAUUGGCACAACAGAAAACAGAACCAAACCCAACAGCAACCGUGACCUCGGCUAUAUCGGACCUGUUGUUGUUAGUGGCCACGUGAUCUGCGACAAUUUUUGUCAUGAUGAGUUUUGAUAAUCUACUGGGCGAUUCAGGCACAUCUCUCAAUGUCAACCCGAAAUCAAGAGUGCGCCGGUUCGUCGAACCAAGAUAUCUGUGCUGAUACAGUGGCUUGUCAAUAUCGAAAUCAGGGAAUAGAAUAUAUACAACACAAAAUGCUGGCAUGACUAGUCUUAGUAGGAACAACAACUACAUUGGAAUACAAAAAUGUAUCGGCGUAUGUGGUAUGUGUUGUAUAAGUCAUGCUUGCUUGUGUGUGUUUUUAAAUGAAAAGUGUUUUUAAAAUAAAAUAUGGCAAUAUAUUUACGGUGUGCUGGGGUGGUGAAAAAUAACAUGUAGACGGUUUUGAUUCCCGGUAGUGAUGCAUUUAUUGAGUCACAUGUAAGAAAUGAACAUUUUCAAAAGGCUAUUCUAGUUCAUAACACCAUCAUAUUAUCUUUAUCUUAGCAACAUUGAGAGCCAAGAAAAGGUGAAUCAAUUUUUGUAUGAUACUGAAGUUGACUACAAUACCUUUAAUAUGUAUGGUCGAGCAGCAUCGGUGGACAUCAUGAUCAAUGUUGAUAAAAUUCAGUCAUUGGUUUAUGAUAGGAUGAUAUGAUUAUUGUAGCUUGUCAAAUGCAGUUGUCAGUCGAUC